UCUCUCUCUUUCCUUCUUAACUCGGAGUUUUUUGACGGUAAAUGAGAGCCUCCCGGUGCCCAUUACCGCGCGCACCAGAUGAUGAGAGCCGAAUGAAGGUCCCCAGAGAGCGCGUCACGUGACCAACAAAACGUCAGUGGCAGAUGGCAUGGGUACCAGCGCUGGUGCCUGGCAUGGGUGUCAUUUCUCUGUGAAAGAGGGAGAGGGAGAGGGAGAUUAAAGGAAUUCUUACAGCUUCACAUCAAGCACAUGGGAGGUAGCUCUGCGCGUCGCGAGGAGUCCGAACAUGCGAGCUGAACACUGACAGAAACAGCAGGGACGAUGCUAACCGUGCCAUUUGAAGACCCAGACAUGAUGCGCGAUUCUCAGUUUGGUGCCACCUUCACCCGUCAGGAGACACUCAACAGCGCCGAGUUCAAGGAGACAGAGGACGACAACACGGACAGAGAAGAGGAGGAGAGAGAGGAGGACGAGAACGGUGUCCCGAAGAAGAAAGGUCCGCGUAAAAAGAAAUUCUCCGACGGUCACAACGACCGCGUCAAACUGCGCCGGCAGGAAGCGAACGCGCGCGAGCGCAGCCGCAUGCACGGACUCAACGACGCGCUCGAGAGCCUGCGUAAAGUCGUGCCGUGCUACUCCAAGACGCAAAAACUCUCCAAGAUCGAGACGCUGAGGCUGGCCAAGAAUUACAUAUGGGCUCUGUCUGAGACUCUGAACGCGGGAAAGAGACCCGACCUGCUGGCGUUCGUGCAGACCCUGUGUAAGGGCUUGUCACAGCCGACUACUAACUUGGUUGCUGGUUGCCUGCAGCUGAACGCCAGAAAUUUCCUCACGGAUCACAACGGGGACGUGUCGUUCUCUGGCAGGCCUCAGUACGAUUCUAUGUACGCUUAUCCUAACGCAGAGAUGGCCACGCCCCCUGGCCUCAGCUCCGGGCCCCGCGACGGCGUCAAGCCGUUCCGACCGUACAACUAUUAUGCGUCCUAUGAGUCCUACUACGACAGCGCCUCUCCAGAGAGCAGCAGCCCUCAUUUCGACGGCCAAAUGAGUCCCCCGAUUAAUUACAAUGGGAUUUUCUCUCUUAAAAAGCACGAGGACCAGGUCGAGUACAGUAAGAACUGCCACUACGGGAUGAGAUACUGUAACGUUCCCGGUCGGGGCUCCAUGUACCGCGUUUCCCCAGACAGCCAUUUUCCUUACGACUUACAUCCCCACAGCCAAUCAUUCCAGAGCCAGGACGAAUUAAACACGGGUUUCCAUAAUUAAAAGCGAUGCCAGUUACACGAAUCUGUUAAUUAAUUAGUGCUUGUUGCUGAUGGUUUUCGUUUGCUUUGGAUACAAGAUAUUAAAAAAAACUAAAAAACAAAAACAGUUAUACCUAUUUAUUUCAGACAUCAUAGACUCUUAAUAAUAAAGGUAGGCUACAUGGUUCUUCACAGCGAUGUAAUAGAAGAACCAUUUUUAUUUCCACAAAAAACAUUAAGUCAAAGGUUAUUUCAAAGACCAUAUCUUUUUUACCUGUUAUAAUCUGAAGAACCUUAUUUCGUCAUUUUAUUUUCGUCAACAUUUUGUGAAACAGAAAGGCUCUUCAGAGGUUCCUUAUGGAAUCAUUUAGACAAAAAAAGAAAAAAAGGUUGUGGCAUCGUGAAGCACCUUAAUUUUUAAUUGUAUGAUGCUCUUGCAUUGAGGCGGGCUCUGGUUGCUCUGUUACAAUCAAUUAAUAAAAAGAAGAUGGAUAUUAAAUUCUAAGGCUUUUCAAACAACAAUACUUGUCUCAUAUUCUGUGCAAAUGGAUUUAUUGGUGUGUUACAAGAAACACAAAAUCAAAAUAGCAAUAAUGGAACUAUGCAACGCAGUUGAAUAUAUAUUACCUUGUAAAUAACUUUACUGUGUGAUUUUUCCUAUUCGUUAGACUUCUGUGUCUGUCAACUCUAUACUCAACUUUCAGACUGGUUCCGCUAUUGUGAUUUUGCUAUGUAAAAUGUUUUUCCCGCUGUUUAUUUACUUUAUUCUCUGAGGAGCGUCGGUCUUGUGAAAGAUGUGAACUUGAGGAGCUCACUUCGAUCAACUUGUCGAAAUAAAUCUUGAAUGUGA